AUGGUGGACUACGACUUCUCGGGUUUGCCGUGCACGGACAAUUCCAGAGUGAAGCGUGGACGUCAGUUCUCGGAGGGACCCACGGGGCCAGUGUUCAUAGUCUGGGCCCUGCGCCUCCGUGUCUAUGGAGUCCUCUUAGCAGUCCUGGAGAACGUCCCCGACAUGGAUCUCGAGACCGUGGUGGGCCUGCUGAGCGAUGCCUACGAUCACUGGCAAAUCUUCAUGGACAUGCCGGAGUCGGGUCUUGGGGGAACGAGCCGAGCGCGAACCUAUGUCAUUUUCGCGCGCAAGGGGGCUUACAAACUGCUCCACUGCCCCGUGCUCCUGACUGACUGCAUUGCCUCAGAGCUGCAAGCCACUGCGGUGACACGGCCAAGAGACUUCCUGACAGCCUCGGAUUUGGAGAUCCUGCUGGAGGCCCAAGAAGCGUGUCGCACUCGUGGGAUCACUUUCCGACCUGGCACCACUAACCUGCAGUACAUCCUGAACCAGCGCGAACAGCGAUGCGUGGAAGUGCUGAACAAGCGCUACUGGUCCAAGUUCAAAAGGAGCCCCGAGAGCGACCGUGACCUGUGCUACUUCUUGGGGGACAACCCCAACUUCGGUAAGUGGAGCGCAGCGUCAGGCAAGAUACCGACUCUGAGGAGGAACACGGGGAAGCUGUGGUUCCCAGCAGUGUCCCGUUGGCUGACAGCAGCAGAGAGGCUGUCGACACUUGGCUUUCCGGUCCGCACCUGCAUGGCUGAGGCUCUGGGGGUCCCCCCUGUAGCCGUCCGCGACCCUAAACGAGCGGCCCAGUUUGCAGGAAAUUGCAUGUCUUUCAACACGGCCACCAUAAUUCACAUGGUGGCCCUGUCUUGCUUUGGCUUCAGCCGGCGUUGCGGUGACUGA